UUCCAGAAGUUUCCUCCAGCUUGGCGGUAAUACGCGAACGGUCGUGCGGAAAACUAGUUUUAUUUCUUGUGAUUUGGCUUGAACGACAUUUUCUUCUCGUCGUUUUGUAGAGUGAGAGCUGCCUCCCGGUUGUGACACGUGAAGGAAACUAGUUAGCCUUUAAGUUAGACGGAGUUAGCUAACUAGGCAGCUAGUUUGUCCACAGCGGUGACAGCUGACCGCACGCAGGUCGAGCGGUGAGUGUGUGUUUGUGAGUGAGUGAGUGAGUGAGUGAGUGAGUGGGUGAUUCUGACACUGACACUGACACUCAAGCAUCUGGUGCGAUGCUCUUGUGACGCGGACGAGGAACUGACCGGUCACUGUGAUGGGUAAAGAUUACUACAAAGUGCUGGGAAUAGGCAGAGGCGCGUCCGAAGAUGCGAUAAAGAAGGCGUACAGAAAACAGGCCCUGCGCUUUCACCCCGACAAGAACAAGUCUCCAGGUGCAGAAGAUAAAUUCAAGGAGAUCGCUGAAGCCUAUGACGUCCUCAGUGACGCCAAGAAGAAGGACAUUUAUGAUCGCUUUGGGGAAGAAGGAUUAAAAGGGUCAGCAGGUCCUGGAGAUGAAGGACCUAGUGGUCCAAACUACAACUAUACCUUCCAUGGAGACCCCCAUGCAAUGUUUGCCGAGUUCUUCGGCGGCCGAAGCCCAUUCGAUCAUUUCUUCUCUCAGAACGGGGCCGAUGACAUGGACAUCAAUGACCCGUUUGCACCCUUUGGCAUGGGUGGAAUGGGAGGCUUUGGCGGCUUCCACAGGUCCUUUAAAUCCCACCCCGGGGGGCCGCAUAGACCUCACGAGAAGAAGAAAGACCCGUGUGUGGUGCACGAGCUGAAGGUGAGUCUCGAGGAAGUUUUCUCGGGCUGCACCAAAAAGAUGAAGAUUUCCCGCAAGAGACUGAACCCGGACGGCUGCACCAUGCGAAGCGAGGACAAGAUUUUAACAGUGGACAUCAAACGCGGCUGGAAAGAGGGGACAAAGAUCACGUUUCCCAAAGAGGGAGACGAAACUCCCACCAACAUUCCAGCAGACGUGGUGUUUGUGGUUAAAGACAAGCCUCACCCCGUGUUCAAAAGAGAGGGAUCAGAUAUAGUUUAUCCUACAAAAAUAUCACUCAGAGAAGCUUUGUGUGGAUGCACAGUCAGUGCCCCAACACUGGAUGGCCGGACCAUAACAGUAACCUCCAGAGACGUUGUCAAACCUGGCAUGAAGAAACGUAUCAUUGGCGAAGGGCUGCCACUGUCCAAGUGGCCUGAGAAGAGAGGUGACAUGAUCUUAGACUUCACCAUUAAGUUCCCAGAGAAGCUGGGCCAAAACACACGCGACGCACUGAAGGAGAUUCUUCCGCCUUGACCUGGAGUCAUUCAUUUGCCCAAAAUUCCAAGAAGUUCACAUUUCCAGUACACACCGCCCUGUGUACACUCACAUUUGGCCUGGAUGAGUCAGGCCCUGGGGCAAUUUGAUUCCAAGAGGGUUCCACGACACACAAGACCUGAAAACCGACAGGACAGUGGACUGUCCUUCACCAGGAAAACACACGUGCAUGCGUAUGAACUAAGUAUGUUAACCUGUCAGAUACUUCAAAGUUAACUUUAGUAAGUGAGAGUUUGGUUUGAACAAUAGCAUUUUUUGGGACAGUGUCCAGGUAAUGCACAGCCAGGUAAUGGACUAUAUAUUAUAUACCACUGGAGCAGAGAUGGUGUACCGACAUCAUCUAGCUGGACAUGGUACCUCAGUACAGUGUGGCUUCUAGACUCAAAAUUAGUGGUAUUAGCACUAACUCCCACCCUAUUAAACAGAUUCAUGUUUGACGAUGUGACAGAUGAGCAUUAAAUAUAGUUUCAUUAGUCUGUGUCCUACUAAAGGUUGGGCUAUUUUUCAGGGCUUAGUGUUUCAAACAGCAAAGUUUAAAUACACACAAGCCUAAAUGAAUGGUGGCUGAACAUGUCCAGUUAUAUCAAGUUAGUUAUUUAACCGUACAAUGGGCCCCAAUGAGCACAAGGCAGACUUUAAACAUCAUCUUCUUACUCGCAUUAGGACAAUUGAAUUGGCAUUUACCUGCUUUGAAAAGCCAACUGUCUCAUCUUUCUAAUUUGUUUAAAUUGUUAAGAAUUUUCAAAGUCCACUUGCUUGAAAUAAGAUUCAACAUGAUACCCAGUCUCACAGUGUAGGUACUGGAAAUAGCCUGACGUGUCUUCAAAUAGCAUUUUAUACUGGAGUUGGCUUCUAAAACAUUCAUAAUGGUUCACAUACUGUUUGUUUUACCAUGAAGGUAAAAUAAUUCCUUCUGGUGUCCAACUUGCACACAAACAUCUGUCUGACUAGAAAAUGGGAAGUUGAAAUGGUAAAGAAGGAACAAAGAAUAGAAAAAACUGGUCAGGUUGAUGCACCAUAAAGGCUUAAUACCUUUAGCAAUAUACUACAUUACUUUUAUUGGACUGUGCUUAUACUGAAGUGCACACUUUACCUUGUAAAUUAUUUUAGAUUUUGGGCCAAAUAAUUAUAUUUGUAUAUAUGCACGUAUUUAUACAUACAUAUGUAUGAAUAUGAGUGCUAGUGUGUAGACGCAGAUAUGGCUCCCUACAUGUGGUGCCGACGAAAAACUUAAGAAUCAAACUUGGUUUGAUUAUUGUUUAUAUGCCAAACAGUCUCUACCUGACCGUAUCUGACCACGUUCAGUUCAGUGGAAAUAAAUGUGAUUUCAUAGUUUAGUAGUAGUCCGUCUGAGGUUGACUGCUUCACUCUGCUUUAAUUUGAAGUUUUAACUGUGGUUUAAGAUGAAUGUAGAAAUGUGUAAAAUCUGUAAUGUUUAAAUUCAGUGUUCAGCAACGAUUGUUUAUGUUGUUGUCAAACACUUACAGAUCAGAUUCAAGAGGUUUUUAGUUUUAACAACUAAGCAUUUAAACUGACACUAUAGAAGUUUGUAAUAAAUAUUUCCUAUGCGGAUGAUUUAUGUUACAACAUUAAAGAAACUGGAAAAGAAAA